GGGAUCUUGUUUCGUUUUUUUCAACCAGUCCGUUGUAGCAUUUUCGGCUAAGUCGCACAAUUGCAAUCAGUAAUAUACUUCGUUUUGAAAACAGACAAUGGGCCAAGCUCUGUCGUCAUGUUAUUAUUUUUAAGUAAAUUAGAGUAAUAUUUAAGAACAGUUUCUGGCUGUGCCUUUGUCCUUCAUUAUUUUGGCUUUGUCCCAAGUGCUUGAGUAAUGAAGACGAGUAAUAAGUAUCACUGGGUCAUUAAGGGUUUUUACUCCCACAUGCCCACAGUGACUAAGGCUUUGCCUCCUCAAGCCUUAACCAGACAAGGAUAACAAUAAGCCAGGCUCCAUAUGCAGUAUUCGAUGUGGCACACGCGUGCAUCCUACUUGGAAGGAAUACAACAGGAAGGGUGGAAACAAAACUUAUCACUUGGAAAUAAUUACUUGGAGCGAACGCUGCUGUACACCAGCUGGGGGUCUUGAUUUACCUUCUCACUGAAAUUGCCACGGACGCCCAUCUGAAAUGGCACAUUUUGGAAUAACUAUUAUGUGGGGGAUGCUGCCCUUCUUCUUGGAGCCACUGCCAGCUAUGGCUCAGGUGACUUUUAAAGAGGGAAAAUCUUCUGUACAUUUUACUUCUGCACACAGAGGUGACUUCAUCCUACCAGCUGUUGUGACAAAACUUCAGAGUCAUAUGUGGCAGGGCAUCUCAUAUUUUUUGUGGAAGUACAAUGAUAAUGUUAUAUAUUUCUUUGAUGGUGAGAUGAACAGACAUGUAAAAGAUGACAGCUUUGGAAUUAAGCAAAUUACAGACAAAGAUUUACGAAUGAGUGAUGUAUCACUGCAUUUGUCUCAAAGACCUCCAAGCGGUCGUUACGUAUGUCAAGUAAGAGACUUCAGUAGUGAAGGAACCAAGGAGGUUAUGGUGACCAAUGAUUUUGAGCAGCAAAUGGAGGAUAAGACUCGGAAGAAUGUGACCCAUGAGGACAGCUUAGCUACUGUGAGACAGGAGGUGCAGGCAGCAGUGGAGCAUGCUGUCAAGCCCCUACGUGAGGCAAUACAGCGGCUAGAAGACCUGGUAAAACAAUCUCUUCGGUGUCAACCUGGGGAUGGAACAUCUGCUAAGAGGAUAGCUAGGGAAGUACAUGUCCUGCCUGAUGCUUUGAGUGAGAUAGAGCACAAGCUGACAGGGUUAUCUGAUGUCCAGGCAGACCAAAAUAUCAUGGCAUCAGAGCCUCUUCAAGGGGACCCUGUUGUUCCAGAAAGAGAUGAGCAUAAAAUGAAACACCCCUGAACGUGCUCUGCUCAAAGCAUAAACAAUAUACCAACACUAGUAUAUACAUGAUGCCGUCUCAGAUCACUUAUCUUGAAAAGCCUCUCUGUAUUCGAUUGUUACAUCUGCGAUAGGAAUGAUGAGCUUCAUUCACACAUAAUAUACUUGUAUAAAUUUGCCUGAGAGUGGCCACUGCUAUCUCGAUUCUAAUUAUCGUAUCACUUUUCUGCUGUAUCUGCUGUCUUUCUUUUAUUUUCAGCAAACACAAGUGAUAAAAUGUCAUAUGGAUGACAAUUAUAUAAUAAAAUAAUUAUGUGCAAA